AUGGUGAAGUUGCUGCCCGCCCAGGAGGCAGCCAAGAUCUACCACACCAACUAUGUGCGCAACUCGAGGGCUGUGGGUGUGAUGUGGGGCACACUCACCAUCUGUUUUUCGGUGCUUGUUAUGGCCCUCUUUAUCCAGCCCUACUGGAUUGGUGACAGCGUUAACACACCCCAGGCAGGCUACUUUGGCCUUUUCUCCUACUGUGUGGGCAACGUGCUGUCCUCUGAGCUCAUCUGCAAGGGUGGCCCACUGGACUUCUCUUCCAUUCCUUCUAGAGCUUUCAAGACUGCCAUGUUUUUUGUGGCCUUGGCCAUGUUCCUCAUCAUUGGCUCCAUCAUCUGCUUUAGCCUCUUCUUCGUCUGCAACACGGCCACUGUCUACAAGAUCUGUGCAUGGAUGCAGCUGGCUGCAGCCACAGGCCUCAUGAUCGGCUGCCUGGUCUACCCGGAUGGCUGGGACUCAAGUGAGGUGCGACGCAUGUGUGGGGAGCAGACGGGCAAGUACACGCUGGGUCAGUGCACCAUCCGCUGGGCCUUCAUGCUGGCCAUCCUCAGCAUCGGAGACGCCCUCAUCCUCUCCUUUCUGGCCUUCGUGCUGGGCUACCGGCAGGACAAGCUCCUCCCCGAUGACUACAAGGCCGAUGGAAAAGGUCAUCUAUUUCCCUGA